AUGGUGGAGAUCCUCGGUCCUCUCCCUGCCCGUCCGCCCACACCUCCAAGGCCAGGUUCAAGAAUCGACCAGAACCAGGACGACGACGACACGCCGGUCGCCGCGCAAACCCCCGCGGACACGCCUCAGCCUGCUUCGGCCAGGGCUCCUCCGUCCAGUCGUGGCUCAAAGCGUGUAACCUUUUCGCCAUGGCUCCAUACCACGAUCGACUCGCCCUGGAGCGCCAAACAGCCCGAAUCGAAGGAAAGCCCGAAUCCUGGAAGCCCGCACAUGACCGAAAUUAGACCCUUCAAGUCGAUCCUCAAAGAAACCAACUCGCCGAUCCCCGUCUGGUCGCCCAACGUGGAUAAAUUCACCACCGAAUCCCUCGACAUGCUCCUCGAAUCCGUCACGCAGCAAUUGGCGGGUGUAUCAGUUACAUCACGACUAGACGCAUAUAUGCAAUUUUUCGGUGCGCUGCGAACAUACGACGGACUGCCGGCCGGGAAAGACAUUGCGGAGAAGUUGGGCCUAAUCACCGGGUUCAUCCAGCGCGAUGUCAGCCGCGAUCUGAUCAAGGGCGUGCCUCUGGAUACAAACCUGGCCAACCAGGCCCUCAAGCUCUCUGCGGCCUUUGUGUGGCACAGUGAUAUCUCAGGACAGCUGCCGGAUGAAUUCAAGGUCUUCAUUGUGGAGCAUGCGAUUACUUGCCUCCACGAAGCUAAGGUGCCGAAGUCCGUCUUGACUCAUUACAUGUCGAUUCUGUCCACCCAAAACUUCAGCCCGAAGAUCAUGACAAAUCCUCGAAUCAUUCGCCUCCUCACGGUCUUGCAAGAUGUCACCAAACAUGUCACUGGAAAAGCGAUCGCGCUCCAUCGACUUAGCAUCUACCAGCGCCUCUUUGCUCAAUCCAAGUCGACCUUUGUCACCCAAGCGCCUCUCUGGAUGGAGCAACUCAUCUUCGGCUUGCUUCAUCAUAUGAAGGAUACUCGCCUAAAGGCCAUCUCCUUAGGCUUCCAAAUCGCAAUGACAAUGGGUCCGAACCUGUCAUUAUCGAAGAGCAUUCGUGACCUGUUCGACCGCACCUUACAAAAGGACCGCAAGCUUGUGAUGGAGAUCCGCGAGCGUAUGUCACGCAUGGUGGCGACUGUGGAAAGUGGUGUCCACGUUCCGCAAAUCUGGAGCAUUAUCAUCCUCUUCCUCCGGAACAAGACACGCAGCCUGGACCAAUGGGAGCAUUUCAAAGAAUGGGUACUUGUCCUUCAAAAGUGUUUCAACUGCAGCGAGCCCGCCAUCAAGGCACAGGCAAUCGUGGGCUGGAACCGUUUUGUCUUCGCGGUUGGACCGAAUGAAACGACCAGCCGUUCGCUGCUGAAGAUGUUGGGAAAGCCGAUUCUCUCGCAGCUCGAACGGAAAAAGUCCGAUAAAACAGGAGCUUCGCCAACACAACUUUCCCUGGGAAGUUAUAACAAUCUCUUGUAUUACGCGUUCCGCCCAUCGCCUCCUCAUCACUAUCUCGACCUGGUCUGGGAAGAAUAUGUUUCCGCUCCUGCUACAAGCACAUUCACCACGGCCAGCCUCAGUGACAAUGCUGCGCGCGUUCUUUCAAAUCUUCUGUGGGCAUCACAAGCUAAGGUUUGGAGUGAGAACCGGAUCAACGAUUCCACUAAGAUGGAGGCCGACGAAUUGCCCUCACUUGACCCCAGGUGGGUACGCUCUAGAGUCACUUCAAUCGUGAAGGUGCUCAAGUCGCUUUUCAAAUCCUCAGUAUGGAACGAUGAAGAUUUGAAAACUUCAAACAUCGCUCUUGCCUGGAACAGCUUCUCUAGUGCCUUGUCUCUCGCCUCCAACAAAGAGAUCACGCCCUCCGGGGAGUCUAUGCAAGCCGUGGCAAGUGUUGUUGGGCUGUUAAAUUAUCUAUUGAUGAGUGGGCCGUCUUCUCUCAAUGCCGCGGGCGACAACUGCACAGAUGUCUUCUUCGAAAGGUUUCGAUUCUUGUCGACAACUAUUAUUAGUUCCCUUGGGGGCAUCUCCUUCACGGAAAAGCUUCUUAUGAAGACCAUAGAGGAGACCUUUCAAACGUCCAUUAUCCGAACAGGACGCGAAUCUACCCCCGGGACGAAUUCUGAUAGCCCAAUCUUGCACCUUCUUCGCGCAGUCGGCAUCACCUCCAUGAUCAACGAACCGACAUCAUCAUACAGAAAACUUGUACAUGACACUAUCGAAUCCGCUUGCAAGAGCAAGAUUUCUCGCGGAUCUCGUCUCGAACUUGUGCGGCAGUGUGCAGAAUUGACCAUUGUCGACACCUCAUCAACCUCCCCAUCCGUUCUCUCCGAGGUAAUCUGGACCGCUAGUGCAGGGGCAGCAGCCAAUGCCUUGCAGUCAUUUCCAAUCGAGUCUUCUCGUGAACGUGAUGGCUCCGUGUCCCGUGAUUACGAAAAUAUCACCAAAAUUUUGGCUUCCGGUGUACAGUUCCCGGCUGCUUGCUCCAAAUGGGCGUAUCUAUUGGAAUCAUUUGUGCGAGUGGUACGAACAGAAAAGGGCGAUCGAUCCCUGGCUACUCUCAUCAUAGAGCCUGUGGCCGAGCACCUGGCGCCUCUUUCUGCCAACGACACGUAUUUCCCCGCUGCAGCAUUGCUUGCUCACUCGAUGUCAAUUCCUUUCAUGCAAGAGAGGAUCCUUGAGAUAGACGCACUUGUUGGAAAGACACUUCAAUCGGCAUACAAGAGCUUCGACUUGUCGCGCGCCGAUGGCCUCGCAGGUUUCCUUGAAUCUUUGACAUCGCUACUUGGGUCUGGUGUCCCAUCUUUUCGCCACCAUGCCCUUGAAUCUCUCCAGGCAUCGUUGGCUUUGUGGAUAAAGGAUGAGCGACAAAAAAUCGAUGUUGAGCACAAGGUGGAUAGCCGUACUUUGACAGCGUGUCGGGCUCUCUCAUCUGCCGUGCUCAAUGUCUUGCAAACUACUGUGCUUGACCAAUUGACCACCAUUCAGAAGUUUGACACCAUCAUUUGUGCAGGACUUGAGUCCCCUCAUCUGUCAAGAACCAAACGCUUCGUUGAUUUCUGGAUCUCAACCAACUCUGCCUCCGAUCCCCUUGCUGCGGAGACUAGCAUCGGUCAAUCGCUACAGAAAGCUCUUGCCAUUCUCUCGGCUGGUGCUUCGGAACAAAAUGAGGAUGUACAGGAUGUCGCCACAUUCUCUUCCGUUGGUGAGACUGCUGCCUCUCAAUCAGAAAUCAAACAGCCCAUUUCUCGCAACAUUCUGCCUCGUUCGGUGAAUCCUGAUUCGUCACCUGUGAUCGGGAUGGAACAUCAGUCUUCCGUGGAGACAACAGAUUUGAACGAGCCUCAGCUGCCGACAAACUCACUAUCUGAGGUACCCGAGGAGCCAAUGGUGGAGGAUGUCUCGGCCAUCAAUCCUGCAGUCAACCAGCGCGAAAUGUUCAGGAUGAUCGAAUCUAUCCGAUCGUCAUCACCAGCCAAUACUCCUGGAAAGUCGGGUUACGACACACCUGUUCAUCUCCGCAGAUUCCAUAUUUCUAACGGCACAGGAGCAAUUCCUCUCACUCCGACCCUUGCUCCGACAGAAAACGAUGAAGGCUUCAUUGGGUCAUCUCCUACCCCAGCUACACGGGACCCGACCCCUGCAGCCACUAAAGAAGUCCCAUCGCUGAGUGUUCCAGAUAUUACAAUGACCAAUGCCUCUGAUCUGCCGUCCUCUCCGCCAGAAUAUGCCUCGCGCAGUCCCAGCCCGCAGAAAAGAACGAGACCCACUAGGAGUGAGCGUCGUCGGUCUGCACGGGCAAAGAAGGCAUUGCUUCGCAACUCUUCCGGAGAGCAAAGUGCUUCCAACAGUCCUAAGAAGCCUGUCCACGAUUCUACCACUGUUCCAGAACCAUCGCCACCAUCCCAGGCCGAUCAGCCAGAGGAUUCGAAGGAGAAUAAUGGUGCUCCCCAGGCAGACGAAAGGCCACCAAGCCGACGAACACGAUCUGCUCUUGGUCAAUCUAUGGACAACAAGCAGAGCUCGGCGCCGCCUACGCCUGCAGCAGUUGAAACUCCCGUGAAGCCGACCGAUGAUCAGGUUCCUCAGAGCAAUAGAUCGAAGACUGCUUCUAAGCGAAGAAAGAGGAAGAACGCUGCAAGAGCCGCAAAUAGCCAAAGCCAGCAGUCCGAAAGCCAGCAGUCUGAAAGUCAGCAGCCCGACCAAUCAGCAGAUGUUUCUGCUACUCUGGCUCUUCCGGAGUACAAUCUGGAUUCGUCCAGCGAAGAUAUGGAGACCCAAAUUGCAUCUCAAUUGGAGCAAGACCUAGAGUCUGCUGUUGACCUAGGCGAUCGUGCUCCAACAGCUGAUAAGGCUCAAGCUGUGGCAGAACAAGCCACCGUUCAAUCUUCUAAGAAGAGGAAACGCGAAGAGGAUGAUUCCCGUGAGACUCGGGCGAAAAACGCUCAGGAGCGACGCCGAUCCAGCAGGCUCACAGCAUCGAAGGAUGAGUUGCACGCCGAGGCCGAGGAGCCCCAACCUACGCCGUCUGAAGAUCUCGCUCAGGAGUCUACGACUGUUCCACCUGAAAACCACUCCGCAAAGCCAGAGACAGCCACACCUCGCCGGUCCACUCGCAACUUCCAGCGGAGGGAAGAACCUCCACAGGAAAAAUCCCUUCCAGCUACACAACUUGAGCUUACCGAAUCGCAAGAGCCACCCAAACAGGAUGAGCCUGCGCCGCCGCCUCCGAAACGAUCGCGGAAGUCCCUUCGCUUGGAUGAUCAACCGCCGUCCACUGUACCUGAAGAACAAUCCAUCAGAUCCAAAUCAAACCGUUCUCGCAGGUCACGGUCGACUCGAACUGAAGUCGAGUCUUCGCAGCCAUCUCAAGAACAGCAAACCCCAUCUCAGCUCCUAUCCGGCGAGACACAACAGCACCAGAAUCAGGAUGGUACUGAGGGUCUGAUGCCCGAACGUAUCGUUGUUGAAAACACGCUUGCAGAGAACACACAUCUCGUUUCUACUGAAGAAGUAACCGAUUCUCAAAUGACAGACAUGGCUCCCUCAAUCGAGCCUACAACUACUCGCGACACCCAAACCAUGGAUGUCAACAAACCCCAAGAGAAGUCAUCAGCAGCUCCCAUCCAACCAACUACCAAUGUCUUCACGACUGAAGUUCAAACAGAGCCAUCGCCUAUGCUUGAUGCUGGUAGCAGCGAGAAAGACCUUGCUACAUUCCUACAGAAGGUUCUGGACGAGGCGAAAUCCGCCACCCUGGACCUCAAUGGCCUCCGCCAAGUCGAAGACCUUCUCUUCAAUAUCCGCGUCGCCGCACAAGACGCACUCCGACGAAAUUAG